UGAGUCCCAAGGGCUCCCCCAGAGUUGCUCAGGUGUCGCGGUGGGAGACGGGAGGCGCUUUAGCUUGCUGGUUCGGGACGCCAGGUUUCCAAAGCUGUACCCCCACCCCCGUCCCUUAGCUGGCCACCACCUCUGGGUCGCGGGGCUACCCUCACGCUGCUCCCUUCCCACAAUGCAACUCCGUUCGCUGAGACCCUGGCGUACCCCAAGAGACGGCCCCCUGCCACCGCCUGGGCGAGUGAGCCGCUCCACCUCCAACCCCGAGGGUGCGGGUGCGGCAGCUGUGGCCCAGCUGAGGCCCCGGGAGGGCGCGGGCAGGUGCGGGGCGGCGCGCAGCCUCCGUCUGCUCGGGCAGCAUCAGCGCGUGGCUCGCGCAUCCGCUCGCACUGCCCUUCCUGGAUGCUCGGUGUCCGCCAGCCGCGGUCGCCGUGCGGUCGGGCAGCCCGUGGGGGAAGAGGGGGAAGAAGGCGCGGCGACCAGCGGCAUGUGACCCGCACCGCUCCGCCGUACGCAGCUCAGCUCGGCGGGCGCGCGGGCAGGGAGGGAUGAUGGUCUGAAAGGCCGCGCUCCUGUCCCCAAACUGCAGAAGAGAAAGGGCGACGCGCCCCGCGGUAGCCAAUGAAUCAGGCUGGAGCCCCUCCGCGCCGGGCGUGUGGAUUCUUGUAGACCAGGGGCCACCUCUCCCUAGCCAGACCUUGACACAAAAAGGACAUCUCUCUGCCGGGGACGGCCUGGAAGGGCGGACACUUCGGCGGCGUCUUUCCCUUUUAUUUCUCGAGGGGUCUCGGGCAUCUGUAUUUGCUGCUGCCUGCUACUAAAGAUCCUCAGAACAGAAGAAACUCGGAUUGAUCUUUUGACUACAGACACCCGAAUAUGAUGCAUUUCAAAAGCGGCCUGGAGUUAACGGAGCUGCAGAACAUGACGGUGCCCGAGGACGACAAUGUCAGUAAUGACUCUAAUGACUUCACGGAAGUAGAAAACGGCCAGAUAAACAGCAAGUUCAUCUCUGAUCGGGAGAGUAGGAGGAGUCUCACAAACAGCCAUCUGGAGAAACGGAAAUGCGACGAGUAUAUUCCAGGAACGACCUCACUGGGAAUGUCUGUCUUUAACCUGAGUAACGCCAUCAUGGGCAGCGGGAUCCUGGGCCUUGCCUUCGCCCUGGCCAACACCGGGAUCCUCCUCUUCCUGAUACUUCUGACUUCCGUGACCCUGCUGUCUAUAUAUUCAAUAAACCUACUUCUGAUCUGCUCCAAGGAAACCGGCUGCAUGGUUUAUGAGAAGCUGGGAGAGCAAGUCUUCGGCACCACGGGGAAGCUGGUGAUCUUCGGAGCCACCUCUCUGCAGAACACUGGGGCGAUGCUGAGUUACCUCUUCAUAGUAAAAAACGAACUUCCUUCAGCCAUAAAAUCCCUCAUGGGAGAGGAGGAUGCGUUUUCAGCCUGGUAUGUAGAUGGCCGUGUGCUGGUGGUGAUGGUUACCUUUGGCAUAAUUCUCCCGCUGUGUCUCUUGAAGAACCUCGGGUACCUCGGCUACACCAGCGGAUUCUCCUUGAGCUGCAUGGUUUUCUUCCUAAUAGUGGUCAUCUACAAGAAGUUUCAGACUCCUUGCAUGAAUGUGGAACAGAACUCGACACUAAGUGCUAAUGUGACCGAUGCGUGCACACCAAAGUAUGUCACCUUCAACUCAAAGACGGUGUACGCUUUACCAACCAUUGCAUUUGCCUUUGUCUGCCAUCCGUCCGUCCUGCCAAUCUACAGCGAGCUCAAAGAUCGGUCCCAGAAAAAAAUGCAGAUGGUUUCCAACAUUUCGUUCUUCGCCAUGUUCGUCAUGUACUUCCUGACGGCCAUCUUUGGGUACUUGACAUUUUAUGAAAAGGUGCAGUCAGACCUCCUUCACAAGUACCAGAGCACAGGUGACAUUCUCAUCCUGACCGUACGGCUGGCUGUCAUCGUGGCAGUCAUCCUCACAGUACCUGUGCUGUUUUUCACAGUUCGAUCGUCGCUAUUCGAGCUGGCCAAGAAGACAAAGUUCCACCUAUGCCGCCAUGUCUUGGUGACCAUCAUACUCUUGGUGAUUAUCAACUUGUUGGUGAUCUUUAUUCCCUCCAUGAAGGACAUUUUUGGAGUCGUAGGAGUUACGUCUGCCAAUAUGCUCAUUUUCAUCCUCCCUUCGUCUCUUUACUUAAAAAUCACAAACCAGGAUGGAGACAAAGGCACUCAAAGAAUUUGGGCGGCCCUUUUCCUGGGCCUGGGCGUGCUCUUCUCCUUGGUCAGUAUCCCCCUGGUCAUCUACGACUGGGCUUGCUCAUCCGGCAAUGACGAAGGCCACUGAAACCAGCGGCGACGGCCCAGCAUCUGCUCACACCCAUCCAGUCCCCAUCAGCAGCCCUUCGCCACUUCUUUUGCAAGUUUACAGAAACAGAAAUGCACAGGGUUCCUCUCGGGUUGCCACACAGAGACUCACUUCCAGAAGGACCCACGUCCUCUUGGGACCUCCACUUAGGGACCAUGGAUUUCCGCUUUUCCAGACUUCGUGCAGCCAUCUUGUCCAGCCCUUCCCACAGUUCUCCUCCCCUCUCCUCACUGUUGUGGCCUCUCUCUCUCUCUCUCUCUCAGAACUUCAGAAACAUGAUCCACCGUUGUCUUCACUUGUUAGAUACCCAGCUCCUGAAAUCGUUUUUUCCUACUGACGCUCCGCUCAUGCUAUCUGUAUCUUUUUAGAAGAGAAAAUAAUCUUGAAUUGUAUAUAUUUAUUUUGCUUUACAGAAAAAAAAUAAGGUUUCAGAAAAAAAUAAGGUUUCAUAAAUAAUUUGCCUAUUUUGGUUAACAUAGCACACAGGGAUAAUCCUUAGAGAGACAGGUCGUGUGCCAUGGCUAUAUCUGAGUAUGCCCAAUAUUUGAGGCUGCUCUGAUCACCCACCGUAGACUGCCCUAGGCCUGUGGGUACACCACCCUACUCCCACUCAGGGCGAUUCCCUGGGAGUGUCUGUAGCUGGGGGGAGGGGGCUUGGGCACGGCGCCUCUGUAUAUAUAGAUAUAGUAAAAUACACAUUUGGGAGAUCUCAGGAAUGAAGUUCUGUUUCCCCCUUGGCACCUGGCUCCACAGUUACUCCAGGCUGAGUCACCUGCCUGGGGUCCCUUGGUUCCCAUAAUGACAUAUGAGACUGCCCAGAGGCCUAAGGAUGUACUCCUUAACCUUCAGCCCACACCCACCCAUAUUGUUGAAGGGGGAAAUGGUUUGUUAGUUUGUAAGCCAGGCAGCAUUGAGUCGUGUCCACCAGCUUUUUGCAACAGGGAAGAACGUGUACCUAAGGAUGGCCUGGGUCAGGUCAGCCUGUUUUAUACUGGGCCCUUUACUUUAAUGGAGUCUUUGAAAGACUUGUUUUAUAUCUAUAAAUCUAGGUUACUACAAAUAGAUUUUUGUAUCUUAAAUAAGCCUCAUUUCUAGUCUCCAUUAACUCCCUUCCAGUCCCGAAAGUAAGUCUCUUCCUGAGAGGCUUAGUGGAGGACUGCUGAAGUCACUGUGUGUCCCCUUGCCCCAGCUGGGGACCACAGAAGACCCCUCCCUGUCUGUGGGUUUUUUUUUCCCUUUUAUCCCAUUAUGCCUGUUCCAUGUGACUCGGGCAAGGGGGUGGCCUAUCCUCUCUCCCAGCCCCUCCUAAGGGGAGCGAGGGAAUCUCCAAGGAGACUGAAAAUGGCAAGAGCUUCAGAAAGGGCAGCCAGGGAGGCUCACAGCAUGCCCCGCUCUUGGCGAUACCCAUGGCUGUGCAUAGCUCAGCUGCGGUAGGUGACGCUUUUCUGCGGGGACGACUUUCUGCAAAGGGCCUGUAUUUUAGCCGGUGGUAUUCUGGUUGAAAUUCCCAGAUACAAAUAUGCCCUGAGCACAGAUUUCUCACCUAGGGGUGAGGAGACGCUAACAGAGUGGCCCAGACAUGUAGCUGUUCCUCCUGUCUGAAAUACCCAGAGGUCAUCAGGGAUCUCAUGAGAGUCACGCAGAGACGUCCCUUACCACACUGAAGUCCCGCAGACAGGGUAGGCAUCACAGUGCCUGCCAUGCUCCUGGGGAAGAAGGGAAAUCUGUUUCCUGCCUUGCAUCAUUACUUUCUCAUCCUGCGCCAGAGUUCUGUCCCCCUCGAGUUCAGGCGGCUGACCACAGGGCCUAGACGGGAAGAAGGGUAGAACCCACCGUCGUCUCUGCCCUUUGCCUAAACACUUUCCAUGUCUCGGGGAAUGAUAGACGAUUCGGCCAACCUUUGUAGCUCUGUUUGCACUGUUUUAAAAAGUACAUUAAUUCCAUUUGCAAGCUGCAUUCCCCUCUUGCUGCUUUCCCCCCCUUCUUCUGUAACAGUUCAAUUUUACAUUCGCAAAGUGAAUCCAAAAACACACUUACUCUGGGAUGUGUUGUGAUUUUUUUUUUUUUUUGACCUCUGGAUUUUGUGUUGGUAAAACAAUGUAUUAUUUACAGUGUGUUUAUAUGCAGGAAGCACAUUGUUUGAUCUCUGCGAUACAUGUUUUUUUUAAAAAAACCUUUUGUAUGUGUUACCUGAGUUUGUUUGAAUAUAAUUGAUCUUUCUGUCAUUUGUCAGGUACCACCCAGUAAUUCAAUGGUUUCUGUGGUAUUCACUGUAAAGUGGACUGUCCCUACUCUUGUUCAGAAUAAUGAACUGGUAGCCAAAACAUUACCUGUAACACAGAUGUUAGGUAGCAUUCAGCAGCACAGUCAAAUGCAUCAGAUAUUUUUCUGCUAAAUUAGUAGACUCAAGCGUAGGAGGCCUUCGCCCAGGGAAACAGUGUUUCCCUUCAGUACAAGGACUCUCCACACUGUUAGCCAGAGCCAGUUUCAUACUUUGGGUUUAGAGCUGUUCUCUGGUUCUUGUAACACAGAAUACUGUAGAUUCCUAGAUUAGUGUUGCUUGUUAGAAGUAGGGGUCACAGAGCGUGUGCAGAAGGAAAACCUACUCUUUCUAGGCCUGGGCUAGGCCUGGUCACAGGGAGAACAUAUUCCAAAGCUUUGUAACCUGGAAUGGGAUUUUCUUCACUGAAGAGCAGCUGGAAAAGAAUGUUGAGCUGAAAUGGAGUAACAGGACUGCAGCAAAGCCAAGUCCCCAGAAAGACUGGAGGUGGGUGGUGCCAGAGUCACUAGGGACACCCCACUGCCUGGUGUGGGAUCUGGACUGGUCACCUCUGCCACAGAUCGCCUGCUCUGAGGUCAGGGCUCCCCUACAGUGGACUGAAGCACGGUCUCCCCCGACAUUAGAGGGGCUAUGUUCAAAACCCCGAGUGUAAGAUGGUGGCCAAAGAAGAGGGGUUCUUAGGGUUCCCCUCCUUGCCUGCCGUUAACUUUAUAGCUCUCCCAGGUGCCAGCUUUGGGGCCAGCACACGGCACUCUCAAUGUCUCCUGUGCUGGUAGCCAUGGCUUCACUCCCUGGUGAUCAGAUGAGAGGUACAAAGGCUCUCCAUCCUUCCUGUGUAUGGAUGGACCCUGCUGAGAAAUCUAAGAGUGUUGGUGUGGAUUGCAGAGGACUAAGGUCUAUGGUGAGACGCAACCAGACUCAGUGGAUAAAGCAAGCUGUCCUCUGCAAGUCUGAGGUCUAGUCUCCAGGUGAGGCCAGUAACAUCAAGCUUGGGGACCAUGCUGAGCUUUCUCCAGUCAGCCCAGCCUCGGGUGAUUGGUUCCCAGGACGAGGAAUGAGAGCCAGGAAGGAUAGAAAAGGACACAGCCAAUGUCUGCAGAUGCAGGAAAGGGAGAGAGCAUCGUGUGCACUGACUGCGUUCUGUCCUGCUGCAAAUGCCGUUCAGGGGCAUGAGUGGAUCUUGGGGUGCCUGCACUCCAGAGAACCCAGACUGAGACACCAGUCUAUUUUCUUACAGCUGUGAAGAUUCCAACUGAGACUUUCAGAAAAUGUAGAUAAAUUAAAAAAAAAAUAUGCUGCUGAGUUCAGGGGACCGUGUCCAUGGUGGCAUGGGGUGCUGGCCUGGAGAAGUUCAGUACCAGCACUGCAAAAUGGAAUAUAUUGAUGCACGGUGUGUUCUAGUCACAGUUCUGCACUGCAGAGGGAGCUGCAAGGGGAGCAGAGCCUGGUCUGUCUCAGGAGCACAGUGUGAGGUGGCAUCAUUAGUUGGACUAGGGCAAAGAGGGAAGGUAUGAUGUCUGUGUGGUUUAUACUCGAGAGCAAAACCUCCAUUUAUCUGAUUAGAACAGGGCCGCCAGGCUUUGAGAAUGGUACAGAAAAAGAUGUCACACUUUUAGUUAUCAGUGUUACAAUGUUUCUCAGGACGGCAGUUCUGAAUGUGGUCCUCUAAAACACAGUGAAUUGCUGGUAAUAGUAAAAGAGUUGGGACUUCAGAGUGGGGUUGUGGGUAAUGACUGAAAGUAAUGGUAAGUCUAAAGGGCUGGGUCCGUGAGAACAAUGCUAAUUUCCAUCAGAUUCAGGCGGCUUUCUUCCGGCUUCCCCAAGGAAGAACCACAAAGCACUGGGCCUACAGUACACAGGCUUGAAGAAUCUAUGCAGCGGAGGCUCGCUUUAGGAAUCCUUCAUUUGUAUGUAAAUAUGUUGUAAAUACAUAGGAGGCUGUAUAUUUUUGCAGGCGUUGAUCCAUACAGAAACAGAGGUCGCUAGUGUUCUGCAUACAAGAAAUACAUGUUCUCAUAGAUGUUAGUGGUUUUGUUUGGGAAGUAGAAGAAUUUUACUUUCUUUCCCAUAGUUCUGUCAAUGUAAAUCUGGAGCCUAAAACCUUAAUUGUUUGGGGGAGGGGGUGAAAGAAAUGUCUGGAAAAUAACUGCCCUGUUUUUUCGUGCAAUCUGUUAUCUAGAUGCUACAGAUAAGGAGGAUUUGGGGGCGGAGCAUCAUUAUCAUAUUGGAACAGACAUACCCCAAAUGAGAAAAAUUCUCUGCAUUAUGUUCUUUCAUAGUUAACGUUGAUGCUGUUGCAUAGAAUUUGUGAAAACAGAUGUUAGGGAGGGUUUGGUUUGGUUUGGUUUUUUUCCAAAAAUGGAAUCACUGUUUCCCAAACUUUGGGAUCCUUGAGGGGAGCCCUGAACAUUAAUAUGAGCACAGGUUUGAAAGAGAACAUCUGUUAUUUUUUAAGCUUUAGAAGGUCUUUGCAUGUCUGCCUUUUAGCGUUGAUGCCAACAUAGACUGUCUUGUCUGUCGUCCCCCCCCACACACUUGAAUCUUAUUCAUCGGUACACAGUGCAGUCUCUCUAGAGUCCAGUGUGCGUAGCUCCCCAUCUGACUCAGUACAUGUAGCACACCACUAUUUUACUAAUGUAAAAACCUUGUAAAUGAUUUCAGGUGGGCAUCCAGAGUGAGCCACAGGCCACAGAACUUGCCUGUUCACUGUCCAUCACAUAAAGUUGGGUAUUUUUUUCCUUCAGGGUGUGGUAUAAAUAAAAAUAAUGUAAGAAGUUAUGUUCUAUAAAUGCAGUGUUAACAUAGUUUUCAAACAUUAAAAUGUGAAUUAAAAUA